AUGGAAACCACCUUGGAAAAAGAGAUUGAUCUACAAGAAUCGCCAGCAGGUCCACGUGAACGAUUGAAAAAAAGAAUUUCCAAUCGAUCAUUGCCUCAUGUACCAGCGGGAAGCAAUGGCAAUCAACGACCAGCAACGCGAAAAUUGCCUUCAGCUCCAUCGCCUAUUACCACGGCUGGCAAUGAUCAAAAUCCAUUAUCUGGUAAAAUUCGUGUUAUACCUAUUGAGGCACAAUUGAAGCAAUUAGAAGCAGCAAGACGUCGUUCAUUGCCGAUGACAGCGGGUAAUAAGCAAGAGAUUUUAGUUCAAUUGGAAGCUCGAGAUCGAGCCGAAAGUUUCAAAGAUAGAAUGGUUGAUCCAUCAUCUUCUUUACCUUACCAUUUUCAACAUGAAACUUACUACGAUGUCGAAAGCCAUCAAAAAGGCACGCAAACGCUUAUUAUUGAUGCAUUCGAUGAAGUACGAGUACCAUGGACUAUCGUCGCUAGAUUUAAACCAACUUCUCCUGGAGAUAAAGAUCAAAAUAUUGACAUCGGUCAAAACAGAAUCACUUAUAGAGCAACAAGUGGUGAAAUUUAUGAAAGCAAUGUUGAUCGGGUCAUCAAAGCUACGGAUAAAGACAACAAGCACGAUGAACUUUAUAAAAUGAUCGGCCAACCUAUAGUUAACUUAGCUUUCAAAGGCUAUAAUACUUGCCUUUUCGCCUACGGACCAAUUGGUAGUGGAAGAUCUUACUGCAUUACCGGCAAUGAUAUGGAUGAAGGAUUAAUUCCGAGGAUAUGUGAUGAAUUGUUCGAUAAAGUAGCAGAAUAUGGGGAGGAUAAUGCUAGUAUCGAAUUUGGCUUUUACGAAAUAUUCAAUGAAAAAAUCUACGACAUAUUAGCACUUAAUGAACAUACUAAGGCACUAAGCAUAUUAGAAGAUCCGCAAACAGGACCUUAUAUCGAUAAUUUAUCUAUGUUUAUAGUGAAAUGUAAAGAAGACAUUAUAGACUGGCUAGAAUAUGGACAAAAGUUUAGGGCCAUUUACAGUAACGGAAUUAAUCGUCGAAGUCGUCGAGCACAUGUUGUAUUUACGUUAGUUUUAAAAGUCUUCGAGACAACAUUGGAUGGAAUAGAAGAAGUGGCAACCACUGCCAAAGUAUCACGACUUAAUAUCGUUGACCUAGCUGGUUCUGAACUUGGAUUUCAAAAUAGUGAUAUAGACAACUGUAGUAUUAGUCAAUCGAUACAAUCCUUCAAGGCAAUAAUUAGGCAAUUAUCCAUGGAAGAAACUGAUGAGAACAAAGCUGAACGAGCUUAUAAAGAUUGUGAUUUAACGAGAUACAAUGAAAUAUUUAAGGUCUAUAAAACUGUUUAA